GCAUUCCAACAGAGCCUUGUUCUCGCAUCUUCAUCUCUCUCUCAUCAGCCAGUCUUCUUUCUUGUUCCAGUAGCCCACUUCUCAUCAAGGUGCUCUGGUUCCCCAACACCUGACGCAGACCUUGUUGUACUGUACUGCAUUGUACUGUGCCAACAGGAACUGACAGACAGACAGACAGCACAGCAGAGUGGUGUGUAAGUUGACUCUGAUGGUCAGGAAGAAGAAGAGAGGAAAGACAGAAAAGAAGACCAAGUGGGGGAGAGUUAGGAAAACAGCAGGGACACCAGCCCUCGAGGACUAGGAGUGCCCACCCCUGGUGUAGAAGAUGCCCAGGAUAGAAUGAGGUGGAAAAGGAUGAUUCGCUGUGGCGACCCCGAUGGGAAAAGCCGGAAGAGAGGUAGUAGUACUUUUGCCCCCUCACAGCCUGACCCAUUGCUGAGGCAUGUACAGUACGGUAUGGAACUCCAAAGUGUUCAAUAUUAAAUUAAUUAAUAAGACAUUAUGAAAUAAAUACUUAUAUAAAUAAAUGAGAGACAAAUAUGUAAACUGACCAUGAAAUAUGAAAUAAUCACAAACAUGUUCCAAAGUAAGCUUAUUAUUAUAAAAUAUCUUUCAUUAUGCUGUAAAAUCUGCUCAUUAUUAUGAAAAUGUAUUUCAUAAUGAUUAUUUUCAUAAUAAUACGAAUUAUUACAUCUGCAUAUCUAAAAAGUCGUCGUCGUACAGGCAGUGGUCAAAACCAAAAUGGCAACGGUACAAGAGGAGCAGGAAAAAUGGAUUCUCAGUAAGCAGGCGGUCAGGUAAUAAGGAAAACAGGCAAGGCUACGGUUCAGACAAGGGGAAUCCAAACUACAAAACAGGUAAGCUGGACAAAGUAACGCUGGCACGGGUAUUAGAACUCACGAUCUGGCAAAGGACUAUCAUGCAUUCUGGUGGUUAAAUACAGAGGUACAUGAUUGCAAAUGAACGACAGCUGGGACUAAUGAACGGAAGUAAAGUGCGAACAGGGCCUGGUGAAACGAAAAACCGGAAACUACAAAAUAAAACAGGAAAUACAAGCAUACAAAACCACGGAUUGUGACAGGCUGGAACUUAUUGCAAAAAAGUACAAAGCUCAUCUUUUUCAUCCUACUCUCUGCUUCUAAGAAUCUUUUACAAACAAUUCUCAAAGAUGAUUGCACUUUUUUAACUGCCCUUUUUGGUUGUAUAUUACUGUGUAUAUGUUGCUUUUUUUGCAUUGUCUGAUUUGUCUAUAUGUUUCCAUUAGUUUAAAUUACUGUUUUGUAUUUGUCCUUCAUGCUGCCUUGUGGCCAGGCCGUUAUUGUUAAUGAGAAUUGGUUCUUAAUUAACUUGCCACAAAAGAAAGAAAGAAAAAAGAAUGUGAAAAAAAUAAUUAUGUAUGGUCACAGCAAUGACAUUGUUUUUACACAUGAUUAAGGAAAACAACAAGAACCCUGCAUUGUUUUAUGGCACAUCUCUAUUUUAUUUUAUGUGUUUAGCAUUUCCUCUUGGAAUUUGGCACAUAACUACACAUACAGUAUUCCCCUUUUCAGAAUAAUUUUAAAAUUAAAUUUAGAUUUGAGUCAUAUUUAUAAGAAUAGAUGAGUGGGAAGAGUGAGGCGCGGUAACUUCUCCAUGGUUGUGACUGUAAUCUUAAGCUGUUUGAAUCCACAGUUCAGCCUUUUAUUAUGGAGUCAUCGCUUCAAUAGAUAUCAUUAAAGCGAACACUAGAUUCUAAGCGUAUGUCCACAUGUCCCGUCUCUGAAAGCUCCCAGUCUGCCAGCUUCGCAUCCCACUGGGCGGAGUUGGGAGCCUCUCUGGAAAGUCGGACAGUUGUCGACCUCUGGCGUUCAUUCACCUCCAGAAAGUUUGGAUCGGCUGCUGCCACGUAGCUCCUACGUCCUGAAGUGUCUGCUGGUUUCUUUUUAUGAUCCCCUCUGCUGCUUACGACAAUGUCAGAGAUACAGUUCCAGAGCUGCGCUACCUGAAAGUCAAUUCAACAAAGGCAAUGGGCUGCUCAAUCCUCCAGUUGGCUAGUGUCGUGUCCGGCCUGGGUGGUGUUGUGUUUGGCUAUGAGCUGGGGAUCAUCUCUGGAGCCUUGUUGCAGCUGAAGGCAGAAUUCAGGCUUACAUGUGUCCAGCAGGAGGCUCUGGUCAGCUCCUUGUUGAUUGGUGCUUUGCUGGCCUCCAUCGUGGGUGGCUGGUUGAUCGACCGCCACGGCCGCAGGAACUCUAUCCUCCUCAGCAACAUGCUGAUCCUGAGUGGCAGCCUGGUUCUUCUCAUCAGCUCCUACCCUGCGCUGGUGGUUGGCAGGACAACCGUCGGCUUUGCUAUGUGCAUAUCCUCCAUGUCCUGCUGCAUCUUUGUGUCAGAGGUGGUUACUCCUGAUCGAAGGGGCUUCUUGGUAACACUGUAUGAAGCCGGCAUCACUGUGGGUAUCCUGGCAGCUUAUGCCAUUAACUACAUCCUGUUCAACUACAGCAGAGGCUGGAAAUGGAUGUUUGGAUUAAAUGUGGUACCAGCUUUGGUUCAGCUGGUCUCUAUCUGGUCUCUUCCAUCUGACACUGAGAAGACUUCAAACAAUGGUUGCUGUCAGGCGGAACGAAACCUUAUGAGCUCCAUUGACAUCCGGGAAUCAGAUGACUUCAAGGACGAAUGGAAGGUUAAGUACCACAGCACGUACCUUUUCCAGAGUAAACACAACAUGAAGACUCGAACUACCAUCGGCCUUGGGCUGGUGCUCUUUCAGCAGUUCACAGGUCAGCCCAACGUUCUCUUUUACGCCUCCACUAUCUUUCACUCUGUGGGGUUUCAGAGCAGCACGUCGGCAGUGCUGGCAUCGGUGGGUUUGGGGUUGGUCAAAGUGGUUGCCACUCUGACCGCCAUGGUGUUUUCAGACAGGCUGGGCAGGAGGCCUCUGCUGAUCACUGGCUGCUCUGUGAUGGCCGUGUGCCUGAUUACAGCUGGACUCCUCAGCGGACACUCAAUGAUGAAUGAAAAGAAGCCCUGUUCUGAGGACUUUCACAUCUCUUCCACAGCUCUGCCUCAUUCGACUGCUGCUAAUCAGUCGGCGUUUGACAACACAACAACUGAAAAAAUUUACACACAUGAUAGAAUUAUAAUGUUUGACCUAGUUACACAGAGAACAAUGGACCCUUCUGCCACUGUUUCUGGAUCAGCUGUGAACUGGCUCAUUCUCGGCUGUAUGAUGGCUGUCGUCAGUGCCUACGCCAUUGGACUCGGACCAAUGACCUGGCUUCUCCUCAGUGAGAUAUUUCCAGCAGCAGUCAGAGGAAGAGCCUUCGCAUUCACCAGCUGCUUCAACUGGACUGCGAACCUGUUGGUCACGUUCACUUUUCUGAACAUGAUAGAGUGGAUCGGGCUGUCGGGGGUGUUUAUCUUGUAUGGGAUGACUGCAGUGGUGGCUGUUCUGUUUUUCUACUUCAUGCUGCCCGAGACCAAAGGAAAGAGCCUGCAGGAGAUCGAUGAUGAGCUCCGUCUGAACAGGAGGCAGUGCUGUGGCUGCUUUAGCUUGAGUAAGCCUUCAGCACAGUACCACAGAGUGCAGUGGCAUGUCAGCGCCGAGUGAUCUUAUCACUCUAUCCUGUUCCUGUGGUAUCUGAGUCUAACAUCAUAACCAUCAUAGCUACUACCAAACUGAAACACUGACUAAAGAAACCCUGUUUUCAUAUUUAUCACUUUUUUCAGUACUUUGCUGCAUUGUCAUCUUUCUCCAUUAGAGACAUGUUUUACUGGUGGAAUCAUCAUUAUUAAAGGAUUUACUGCUUCAUAUUAAAUUGUCUUUACUCCACCUCUCAGCAGUGAACAUAACUAAAUCUUUACCAAAGGGAAACUGUCAUGGACAGCAACUUAGAAACAAUGGUUAUGCAACAAAAAACGUUUGAGUUGAUCUUAAACGUGGAGCUUGAGUCCUGGUUGGGCACCGAACAGGUGAAAGACCAUUUGAAGUAGAAGAAACUCACAAGAGAAUAGCUUUUUCACCUGCUGAGUCUCUGCUAAAGGAUUCACCCAGUGGAAUGUUGCCUGAUACACAUGACAGUUCACCACAGAGAAGCCCUUCACUUGCUCACUGGUCGGACACAGUUCAUAUUGUUUGUUCACUGUGUGGCAAAAGAAUAAACAUAAGAGAAUCCACAUUGGAGAAAAAACAAAGACAGAAGCACGUGUCCUGAAUGGACACAUGAUAGUAUACGAUUGUAGAAAGGAGAGACUGCUGCUCACAAAACUAAUAAUUGAGUCAGUUUUGUUCUACCCAGGUUUCAAGUGAAGCACAUUUAUAAAAUUGGUUCACUCUGCACUGACUUAGUUAUUUAAAACUACUGAAAACACCAUUUAGAUUGUACACUUGUGAAAUAUCAAUUAUCAGUUCCAAACGCCAGAUUUACAAAAUGUUAGGAGGCCGACUGACUUCCUGAAGUUAUUAGAGCUGCUCAUAACUUUACCACAGUAGGUUACGCAAGACUCAAAUUCCCUGAUUUAUUCCUGGAACAAUAACACUUUGCUUGGACAGAUAAUUGUUUGAUAGCACAUAUGUGAUGCCCAGUUAAAACAUUGAAUAAAGGUUUAUGCAAACAGAUAAUUCCCAGGUUUGUAGGCUGGAUAACAGGUGCAGAUGUCAACAGACCUUGUCUCUAAUCAUAUUUGUGUAAUAUGUAAACAUAAAGCCUCCAGCAGCAGGUACUCACAUUGCUUGUUCAGCACUUCCUAGAAAACCAACAGAGACAGUCCAGACAAGUCCAGUGGGUGAAUUUGCAUUUGAAGUUAUUUAUUCAGGAUUUUCAACUUGAUUCAUUUCAUAAAAAACAGAAGGCCAACACUGGAGAAUUUUGGACUUCUUUGUUUAAAGACUGUAUUGUUUCUGUACUUCGCUGUGGUCACUUAGUUUCUAACAUGAUUUCUACUCAGUAACGGGGCUGAACUUCUGCUACUGGACAUGUCAAAUACUUAAAGAUGUUUCAGUGUUUUUUGUACUUACACUUGGAUUGAGUAACACAUGGAGGGUUUAACAUAAUGGGAGGUGCUUUGCCUUGUUGCGAAACAUGUUCCCCUUAAACAUUACAUGGAACUCAAUAUAACAAAACCACUUCACCUGCUCCAAACUGACAUGAAAGAGGCAGGAUAAGCUUUGGAACGGAGAGUUCCAAAGCUCACUAACUGUGAGUUAGUGGUUAAUUAAUGCCUUGACCACAACAAGCAUUGACAUAAAAUACGCUAUGACAAUAAGUAAACUGCAUUACAUAACCUUCAUGACAUAUGAUUCUGUAUGAAGAAAGGAUCAAUGAGUAUGAAUGGGCCACAUGUACUUCAUAAAUAAAACAUGUUUAUUUACACAAAUAUUUUCAAAUACUAGUCUUCUACAUAAAGGACAUAAAAAUAUAUACAGUGAUGUGAAGUCCUGCGCUGCUUCCUUCUCAGCCAAAUGUAUGUUAAUUAUUAGCAUUUUAAAGGGUUUGAAAAGAAAAGACGCGCAGGUAAAGCAGGGUCUAAAAAAAGACACUUUCAAACUCUGGGACUAGAAACCUGGAGAGACACUACUGUGUAAGUGCAAUGCAAUAUUUCCCUCGGCAUGUUUGUAAAAUCUGUUAAACUAAACUUAACAAAACUAACUUUACCUCCAGCUGACAAAAAAUGAGCCGAAUCAGAACCUCUAUGAGCAACUCCUAGUAAACAAAACUCUGGUCAGUCUCUUAGUCCAACUGAAUUGACUUUGGUUAUAUCUUGAAAUACAAGAAAAAAGACACUUGAAGUAAUUCAAGGAACUUGAAAGCAGCACGUUUGAGAAACAAUUUCUUGAGAACCUGAAUAAACCUCACCUGGCUUCAGAGAUCUGAACCUCCUCCCACUAAAACUUUACCCAGUAGUCUAGAGCAUUUUGACGCAAAACAAAUUUAGAGCAGAGGACGUGGCAGAGUUAGGUGGUCUGAUAUGGCAAGAAAAGCGAGACAAGCUCAUUUGGUCCUGGUGUCCAACAUUCUUUUGCUUUUACCUUCUGGACUUCAAGACCACACAAACAUAUGCACAUUGUGUGAGGGGCCCCCAAAUCUGCUGUGUACACACAAACACACCCCAAAGGAAAGGAAUACCUGUAUAUUUCAGUUACACAAAAUUCUUCUCAAAUGUCAGGUUACCACAUUCAUUACAGGAGGACAAGGGGGUAUUCUUUUAUUUAACAGCAAUGUCCUCAGCCCAGGAGGUUGAGAGGCGCAGUAACACUGACUUAGGUUGGAUGUGGGGAGGACUGGCACCAUUCUGAUUUCCCACAGGCUGGGUGGUGGAGUUGGGAGAGACCUGUGUGGACUUUGAUGGGAUGUCACUGGGGGGCACCAGCAGCAGUGGGCAUCGGUGGGCUCAGGGCAUUGGUGGCAGCCGACAGGACUGGUGAGCCGGUAAGAGGGCCUAGGGCAGUGGAGGCUGGUAAGGCAGAAAUACCUGAGGUAAAAAGAACAUUAGAAACAUUACACACUUACAAACUGGUGAUCAGGCUGAAUCUGUGUGACUGACCAUGAGCAGUGGCAGGCUCUAGCCAAUCAGUACUUGCGGGAGGUGUGUAAAGCAGGUAAUUUACUCCUUGGCUCCAAAUAAAGAGCACUGACAGACCUCAAGAACAGCAUUGACCUGUAUUAUUGACUCUCUUCCUGUCCUGGUAAUCUAGUUUACACAACCCUUCAGCUUGUCCUUUUUGCUGCAAAACCAACAACCUGACUCCCUGGUCUGGUUUCAGAAAAGCUGACCAUUACUGGUUCUCACCAUGAGGUUAAUCGGACUACAUAACCACAGUACUCAAACAACCAAUAACAGGCAUAAAUGCUUCACAUUCUAUAAAAAAGGUUAACUGACUAUACAACUAACCCUAAUUCAUAUAAAGCACUGCUAUAGCUUAUUACUUUCAGCAAUUUUUUUGGCUACCAAAAAAAUAGGAAGUUAAAAUGAACUCCUGCAAACAUUUCACUUGUUUAUAUGCUUUAAUCUGUAAUUCAGCUCAACAGGUUACUUGCAUGAGUGUGUUUUAUAUGAUACAGCUAAACCUGGAUGUCAUCUAAAAUGACUAUGUGGCUGCUCUGUUUCAAUGUCAAACUGUCAAGCUUAAGUCAUCCUACUUUGCAGACAAAGCACAUUAAUAGUGCUCAAUACUGUGCUGCUACAAUCUCUGAAUUGACACCUUUGUCUGGUUACAUAUGGCAAUUUUUGCACACCUACCUAUACAUAGUCCAUAAAUAAACACAGCUUAUUUUCAUAUUUAUCUAGUUUAUACAGUUGUUUUUAGAAGGAAUUUCAUUAUGUUUUUCCAUUGGUAACCACUGCGUUUUGAAUCUUUAGCUGCUAAAAGGUUGUCUAAAGUAACUAGGGCAGUGAGGCAGUGUAGUGGUUCUCACCAGUGAUCAUGUUGGCUGUGCCAACAGCUGUGUUCCCACUGGGUAGGUUGGCUGAUCCAGCCACACGAGACUGAUCUUUCACAAUAGGGACUGUAGAUGAACACAUUAAAACGGAAUUAGUUUUAACCAUGAAAACCUGUGAAGAAGACACACUGGCGGUUUGAGGGCUUACAGAAGUAAGGAUGAUCCAUAGCCUCACGAGCAGUAAGACGGACCUGAUGGUCAUAGCGCAACAGCUUGUCUAGGAAGUCCAGGGCCUCGGGACUGACCAGAUGCUGGUUUUCGCUGUGGACAAAGCGCUCCCACCGCUUACGAGAAUGCCUGCAGGUAAUUGAUGUAAUUUUUUCAAAAAACUGAAUUCAUGCCUUACUAAAAAAAUUUGGUCCUUUAAAAUGCUCUGAUGCACUGCUGAUGACAAAAUAAUGUUGACCCAAUUUAGACUUUCACUGUUCUUUUCUUUUUAAAGUUGUUCUUUUAAAACAUAAUCAUCAUCUGACUGUAGUCACUCUCACCUUCCCAGAAUAUCAUUGAAGCGCGGUUCCAAUUCAAUGUUGUACUUGUCAAUGUAGUCAUAAAGAUCUUCAGUUCCUAGAACCUUGGCUAUUCUUACUAACUAAAAAAAAACAAAACAAAAAAAUAUACAAAAAAAAAAAAAAACAAAAAAAAAAAAAACAA